AAAUCUUCGAUUCCACUUUCCACCCAAACCCUACUUCAAUUCAAUCCCAUUUAUUCAAUCCCCAAAUGGAUUUCUUCAAGCUGUAGUCAGUAUCAGUAGCCAUAAAAUACAGGUGCAUCUCUUGCUCCUCACCAUACAAUCGCUCUCCCGCCUGCAUACAUUCUCCGACAUCGGUUCUCUGCGACGUGACCUAACGGAAAUCACAGAUUUGGUGCUCAUUGAUCGUAACGCCAUAGAUUUGCGACCAUCUUCAGGAUAUUAAUUUCCGAAAGUAAGGCUGCACAUUAUUCUUCCAAUGGCCGCUUUGGAUAUGACACUUGAUGAUAUGAUUAAAAGCAGGCGUAAUACUGAUAGAGGCAGAGGCAGAGGCCGAGGUAGGGCUCGUGGUGGCCGAGGUCAAGGAAGGUCAUUUGGUGGUGGAAGACCCAUAGGGCCACCUCGCAGAGGUCCCCUCGCGUUGAAUGCUCGGCCAUCAGCUUAUACUAUUGCCAAGUCUUUCCGCAGACCAAAGAAUUCAGCUUGGCAGCGCGAUUUGUUUGAAGAGAGUUUAAAAGCAGCUGGUCUGCCAGGAUUUGAUAAUGGUGCAAAAUUACAUGUUUCCAACUUGGACAUUGGAGUGACGAAUGAAGACAUCAGGGAACUUUUUUCUGAGAUUGGAGAGCUGAAAAGAUAUGCAAUUCAUUACGACAAAAAUGGCCGUCCAAGUGGUUCAGCUGAAGUCCUGUUUGCUCGAAGAAGUGAUGCAUUUCAAGCACUUAAGCGGUAUAACAAUGUACAAUUGGACGGGAGGCCUAUGAAGAUUGAAAUUGAAGGCUCCAACCCUGAGAUUCCUCUUUCUGCUCGUGUGAAUGUGGUUGGAGGUCUAAAUGGGCAGAGGACCGUUGUGAUGACGUCUGGAGUUGGUCGGGGAAGAGGAGCCCCUGCUGCUACUGCAACCAAUCGUGCAUUCGUUCAGAGAAACCGUGGAGGUAUACGGAAUGCCCGUGGUGGUAUGACCAACAUGCGAGGAGGCAUUGGCCGUGGUCGUGGUGGGCGUGGCCGUGGGCGGGGACAAAGUGGUGGGCGUGGGCGCGGUCGAGGGCGGAAGCAAGCGGUAGACAAGUCUGCUGAUGAACUUGACAAGGAACUGGAGAGCUACCAUGCCAUGCAGACUUAGAUGCUCAUGUUCUAGAGAAUUGGAAUCAAUAUUAGUUGUACAAAAAGCUUGUCAGGGGUGAACUACUUCUGUAUUUGGUUUGAUUUGAUUGCAUGCUUCAAAUGAUGGAAUGUUUUUAGUAUGUUUUUCUUUAAACCAAUUUUUUUGCCUCUAAUGGGUCCACUUUUAUAUGCUUGUAUUCUUUUAAGGCCCUGGAUCUAUGGCGUCAUGUAGAUUAUUAGCUUCGGUUUUAGAGUCGAGAUGUAAGAUUUGUUGAAGGUAAUUGCUGUUUUUGGUGC